GAUAGGAGUAAAAUGGCUGCUACAGAGGCCGGGCCCGAACAUUUUCGACGGCGAUCGCCGCGCCUCCUGGUUUUGUGCUGAGGUGGGCGGGCGGAGGGGCCUAGUUUCCCGGUGGAGCCGGGUACCUGCUUUACAAAGCUAGGGCUUGUAUAUAAACAAGCAGUUUUAAAUAAGUUUCCCUGCUUUGGCUAAGUCUGAAAUAAUUGUCUGGUUUAAAGUUGCCAAUGAGCUUCUAGGAUUUGUAUCGCUGCAGACAUGGAAGAGGAAAAUCAGCGCUCACCAGUCAGGGAGGGUUCUGCACAUAGUGGUGAGAAGCCAGCCAGUGAACCUUCCCUUGAUUCGGAUUGGGACCAAUCAGGCACCCUGUGUAUUGGCCACGUUAUCAUUUUGAAAGCUUUGCAGCAGGCUGUGGGCAGCGGCUUAGCAGGGGAACUGAAAGAUCCAGCUAGUGAGAAAGAAUGCAAGUGCACAAGUCAAAGUAAAUGGUGUUGGAAUUCUAGAUCUGAAGGUUUUGGAGGAAGCUGGCUGGGAACUGGGGACUCUGCCUUGGCCUAUGAUAGAAAUGGUCCAAUGGGUGAGGUUUUUCAGGCUCCUCCUCCUGGUAUAAUGCCUACCUUUGCUGGAAUAUUGAAUUAUCUGGACUGGUCAUAUCAUAUGCCCCGGGAAGUCGAGAGCUCCAUAGAUGCCCAAGCGGUUUAUGGAGAUGAAGAUAUAGAGGAAGUGGAGCUGGUGGCUGAAGUGCGACUGGAGGACAUCGGUGCACUCUCAGGCAUCUCCAGAAGGAACCUGUCCUGGAGGAGACAAAAGGCUGCUUGCCUUGGAUCAUCUUCCCCCUGCUGGAGAGGAAGUAGAGCCUCCCAAAUUGGUCACCCUUCGGUUUCAGAGCAACCCUAUGUUCUAGACCCACAUGGAAUUCUGCCUGUGCAUAGAACAGACAGGGCUACUUGGACUUCUGAUUUAGAGAGAAGCAAGGUUUUGCAGUCCCCUAAAGCAGACAGGACUUCUUCACCCUGUUUGGCCAUGACUUUGGGAAUUGGCAUGGGAGUCUCUACUGGGGGACAACAACGUCCACAAAGUACUGCUGGUCGAGAGUCUGAAUCUCAGCAACGGUCUCAGCCACCACCUGGUAGCUCCCUGGAUAAGGCUGAUUCCAGCACCUCUUCUUCAUCCUCUUGCUCUUCAUCCUCUUCUUCCAUGUCCUGCCAUCAAGGCCUGCCUGGUGAAGAUGGUGGUUCUUCCAAUCCCUGCCCCCCCAUUCACUCCCCAGACUUAGAUAUUUAUGACCCUUUCCACCCUACUGAUGAAGAUAAUCUCAAUGGUGAUUUUGGCUUCGGGGAUUCCCCCCGUAAAGAAGCAGAGGGUGGGCGGCAUGACCAGAAAUAUGAUCCCUUCGAUCCCACGGGCUCCAACCCCAGCUCCUCUAUUAGUACUCCUUCACCAGAGGAGGAGGAGGAGGAGGAAGAGGAGGAGGAGGAGGAAGACGACGACCAUGACCAGCAGCCCCCUGAUAUGUCACAUAGCAUCAGCCGCAUUUCAGAAACAUUGGCUGGAAUCUACGAUGAAAACAGCUUGAGCCAAGAUUUCCCAAGCUCAGAGAAAGGACAAGAUGAUUCAGAACCAGAACCAGAACCUAGCAGAGGCUAUGAGACUGAGGCAGCAUGCCCUGCUGAGAGUUCUGAGGGCAAAGGGCUUUCUGGUGCUGAUUCCACCCUGCCCGAGGAACUUCCCUCAGAUCAGGGAGACUCUAAAGCUCCGGAACCAUGCCGCCGGGUAUUCGUGGUGGACUUGGCUCCCAAAGGGUGCCUGGAUGCUGAAGCCAAGACUCCACUGGAAGGGAAGGUGUCCUUAGAGGUGGUGACGGUUGGAAAUGCGAAGCUGAGAGGUGGAGAUAAAAUGUCCAAAGGAGGUGGACAUCCUCGGGCUGGGCGCAGAUCAUCAGUGGAAUGGGAUGGAAGUGGUGGCGGUGAAUCAGAAAUAGAAGAAGGCGAGAUUGUCCAGCCAGAGGAUGAGCGGUAUAGUCCCAUUCGAUUGUUUCGAAGUAGAUGCCGGCCAGCUGAGCCACGAACUCUCCGGGUGGUGGAAGGAGAUGAUUUCUUAUCACUGCAUGCAGACUCUGAUGAGGAAGGAGCCUUGCAGAUUGAUUUUAAUGAAAACCAGCCGGAUCCACGUUGGAAAGGUGUGGAUUUGAGACGGAAAAUCCUAACCCAGCGGCGAGAACGCUAUCAAGCUCCAUCCCCUCUGCCUCCUCCACCACCUCCACCUGCCCCCAAACGCCCUGCCUCCAAAGCUCACUCUGGUUCUAGUUCAGGUUCAUGUAAGAAAUCAAAAAGAGAACGCAAAAGAUCAAGAGAAUGCAAGACAUCGAAAACCAAGGAGACAUAUGGCUCUUCCUGGAACCCAAAGAAGAAAUCAAAAUCACGCUCAAAAUCUAAAGAGCGUCGACGUUCACACCACAGGACCUCAAGGUCCCGCUCACAUCACCGAACGUCUCGCUCCUGGUCCCCUUCAAUUAGCACCAGCCUAUCUGCUGUUGGAUCCUCACAUACCUCAGCUGAACGGCACAAAAGCGGGCGGUCUAAGUCAAAGGAGAAACGCCGUGGCCAUCGUUCUCGGUCACGGAGCAGCAGCCGUGCUCAUCGAAGUAGGCACAAAGACAAACAUCGUGGGGAAGGUGGCAGAAAGAAGAAGAAGCGCUCUCAGUCUCGCUCACGUGAGAAGCAUCUCUCCCAUCGGUUAUCUAAGGACAAAGAGCGAGAGGUCCACCUUCUGGAGGAGCCCAAGCCUGAAAAAGCUUUGAUGGAACGACGGAGAGAUGCAAGAACUGUGGUGCCACCUUCAAUCCAGGAUCUCAAUGACAACGAUCUCUUCACUAUCAAAAGGACCAUUACUGUCAACCAGCAGGAGAAGAUGGAGAGACUUUUGGAGACACCGGAAAGUGCUAAGAGAGAGGUGCUUUAUGAUUCUGAGGGCAUGAGCUUUGAUGCUUGCUUUUCAGAUCGUGAGCCUGCUGAAGAAUCCAAAUCUAAUGCAAUGAGGCUAAAUCCUAAGGAGGAUGCCAUUCCAUCACGCAAAGAUAAAAGGCCCGAGGAGGACAUCAAACAAAAGAUAUGCAAGGAAAAGGAACGUAAAAGGGCCUAUCUGGAGGACCGCCCAAGCGCCCGUGAGAAAUACAAAAAAAAGCUGAGGGAGGGGCCUCCUACUUCAGAGCAGCAAGAACUGCCCAAGAUAGAAAAAAAAGCCAGAGCUGACAGAGACAAAGCAGGGAAAAAGAUCAAAGCUGGAAGUCACAAAGAAAGUAGCAAGCUGGGAUCUGGUCGGAAAGUGAAGCUCCAGUCCAAGGUAGCUGUGUUGAUCCGGGAAGGGGUGAGUAGCACAACAUCAGUCAAGGAAAUGGGUUCUAUUGGUGUAAAGUUCAGCAGAGACAAGGAGAGCCGCUCACCAUUCCUCAAGUCAGAGGAGAAGGUGUUAAUGGUUGGGGCACCAGCAGCAGGCCAAGGUGAAAUAACUGAUGUCAAAGAACAAGGCUUCAAGCCCAAAAAAAUGAAAGGACUAAAAACUAAAAUGGGGGUGAAGAAACUGAAAGGCAUCAAGCCCAAGGGUGCCUCAGAACCCAAGAAAAAGAAGAAACUCAAAGUGAAGACUGGGCUGAAGAAAUCCAAGGCUGAUAGCUGCAGUCAGGGUGCAAUCAGCCCUUUGAGGGUCAAGGAGGAGCCUUCAUGGUCUGGCUCGGAAAAAUCUGGGGGUACAGCCAAACCACCAAGUCCUCAGCCCUUGGCCCCAGGCCAGGAACUCACACCUGAUUCCCAGACAGUAGACAGCAGCUGUAAGACACCCGACGUCUCCUUCCUUCCCGAGGAUCCCCCUGUUGAGCAGCCCAGGGUGCCAGCUGAUGAGCCGGAAGCAGACAGUUUGUCUGAACCCAAAGAGGAGCAGCUACUGCCGCAGCCACUCCAUCAGCCCCGUAGUUUGCCCCAACCCCCUGCUCCCAUGUCAUGGAAUCUGCAGGGGGGAGUAGACUGCACUAGUGGUGUAUUGGCAUUGACUGCCCUGCUCUUCAAGAUGGAAGAGGCCAAUCUUGCAAGCCGGGCAAAAGCCCAGGAGCUCAUUCAAGCAACCAAUCAGAUCUUGACCCACACCAAGCCUUCAGCUUCCUUAGCUCCUCCUCAGCCACCAGCACCACCUACUCAUCCGCCUGCCUCACAUCUAUCUGUCCCACCCAUUUCCUACCAUUUGCAAGGAUCAAUGCCUCUAGGAGGUUGUGGUUCAACUCCUGGCACCCCUACGGGGGGAUUGCCAGGAACUUUGAGCCAGGCUUCAGCAGGUCCUCCUUCUGCUGGCAUUUUUGCUUCUUCCUCUGGCACCGAUUUGGGCAGUACCAGUUCUGAGGGGCGUGGAGACAGCGAUAAGUAUCUGAAAAAGCUUCACACCCAAGAGCGAGCCGUGGAGGAAGUCAAGCUGGCCAUCAAGCCCUACUACCAGAAGAAGGAGAUCACCAAGGAAGAAUACAAAGACAUUCUGCGCAAGGCUGUCCACAAGAUCUGCCACAGCAAGAGUGGUGAAAUCAACCCUGUCAAGGUGAAUAACUUAGUGAAGGCCUAUGUGCAGAGAUACAAGUACUUUCGAAAACAUGGACGGAAGAUGGAUGAAGAGCAAAGGCCUCCCAAGGAAACAGGGGGACCGGACAAAUCUGGCUUGCCCAUGCCCCCGCUCUGAUCUCCACUGAAGGAAAUGAAUCACAGCAGCCCUUCUUUAUGCAAAUUGGCUUGGCUGAGCUCCCCAGCCCUUUCCCCAUCACUGUGUGGGGAGAGUGGAAAGGGGGUUGGAGCGAUACAUUUUGUUUUGGAAGGGUGGCACUUGUAGAGUACAGUUCUUGUGCAUCUGCUACCUGCCCUGGAAAUCUCUUCCCUUGCCUUUCCUAAACACUUCCACAGAUUUGGCUACAAAAUUGACUUGCGUUUUGCUCUGUAAAUACCGAUGGCAGAGAAUGGGGCUAAUUUUAAGUUUCAUCACUCUCGAGCACCCAGGAUAGCAAUGGGUGGAUGUUAUUCCUCUGACACACCUAGUUUUUACUCAUUUAGCAUGUUUUUAAUUUGAUGGUGUUAUCUUAGCCCUCUCUCGUCAACGGUCAUGAAAUGGCAGCACUACGGUUGACGUACAGAUGGCAGUUUCCUGUCAUCCGGGACAGGCAAACACCCCUUAUUUUCUGCUUCCAAUUGUAAGUUUGUCUGUCAUACUCUUUCCCACCCUGUUUAUCUUCAUAAAACUGCAUUUAGCCAUCUAAACUGGGCGGUGUGUCCUUGAUCUUUUAGCAAUGUGGUUCUAUUUCUUUCACAAGGCAAGUGGAUUGCAUUUCUAACUAUUAUUAUGAGGGUGUUUUCUUCUCCAAAGGAUACCUUUUUGAUGGCUACUGAGUAGACAUUAACUUAUUUGAGGACUGUUAAUUUCUCCCCUAUCUUAUAGAAGGACUUGGCAUGCUUUUCAGGCUUUAAGUGCCACUAUGCUAUUUCAUGUGAGAUUUCAGACAUCAAUUUUUCUUAGGUUUAAAAGUGCUAAAAAUCCCAUGUAGUGUUACGUAAUAAUAGAGGGGGUUUCGGAGGGAUUUUAAUUUAAACAAGCUGGCACAGACACAUAAUGAAAUCUUAGCAUAGCUCUCCAUUUUGCCAACUAUAGAGACAGAUCAGGUUUCUGUUGAGAUGUCAACCCAAAAUAACAGAUAAUUCCGAGGCACCCAAAAUUGUCUGGGUGAAAGGUAGAUUUACAUUAAUUUGAUGCUAAUUUUAUAACAUCUGUAGCAAUUCACAUCACUUGCAUAAUGUUAAGCUAUUUGUCUCAAUCAGUUUGAGAUAAAAGCAUGCAAAUGAUGUAAAUGGCAAUGAUGUAUUCAUAUUUAACAAAAUGUUGAGGAUAAUAUUCCUUUCCAAGUUGGGGCAUUAAAAUGAUUUUUAUGUAUUUGGAGGGUAAGUAACUGCCAUCUUGUGGGUGAUGUGGGUAAUGCAUUGGUAAUCCAGGUAUUUAAUUUUAAAUAGCACUCAGAUUUGUAUUUUUAGCUGUUCAUGGAAAUACUUUACUAGAGGCACCUAAGUUCUCCAUAGUAAAAUCCUGUGUCUGCGUGGUGUAGUCCAAAGUCUAUGCUUGUCUGAAAAUAGAAGUAGUUCAGUAGAAAGAAACUCAAAUUGUGAACAGAAAGGAAAAUAAAACCAAUAAAGGUGAAAAGUAACUUGAGAAGUGAAAAGGGUAAUAACUGCAGUGCGCAACUAGACCUGUGAUAGAGUAGGCAAACAUUAGGACAAAAAGGUAAGGGCAGUUCAACCGGAAAAUUGGUGAGCUUACCAUGGCAUCUGGGUCUGCUUGCUAGAGAUCAUUGGACUCUGAACAGUCACUUUGGAGUUGCUUCAUUUCUGAAGGUCCCAUUUUGAAUAGGAUUCAACCCAGUUGCCCAUAAAGCCACUUUUAUUUGUAAUAUUAAGAAUUUACAUACCAAAGAAAUAUAUCUACAGGAAUUAGGGUAACUAGAUAUCUAAUGAAAUGAUAAGGGCGGCUGAGGAUUUGUAAAUAUGGGUUAAGAAUGUGGGGAAAACAUCCUGGCAAAUUGCAGGGUGGCUUGUUUUCGUUUACAGAUUUGGCCCAAGUGCAUAAGAAGCGUUAAGAAUCUCAGUCAAAAUUACAAUAAAUAUUUUCUGAAAGGGGACUCAAAUCUUGAGAUGGAAAACUGGGAAAUUUCUUGUAUCCAUCUUCAAGCUGUGCAAUAAUACAUCUAUAUUGUACAUCUAUAUUUACAACUGGUGAGAAAAAAAGUUCUGAAUAAUGUU